UCUGCGCUACUUAACCCGCCUCUGUGUUAUGAACCGUUUCCUUAACCGCUUGGAUUCCUCUACAGCGGUGUUUUAUUUACCGUAAUAUAUCUCUAGCCACAUGCACGUUGUUCAUCGAGCUGUCGAUGGACUUUCCAUAGCCAAAAACGUGUUUAAAACACAGUGUGGUUAUGACCUUUUAGCUGUCGCUCUCGACAAAUGAGGAACUACAAAAUCUGGAAGUGGUGCAAUGGCUCUCGGAGUUGACAAGUCUUUAUCAGACACCUCUUCGCAGAUGGAGAACAAGAGCUAUGGGUGGUGGAAGACCAGGACCCCAGAGUUCAUUCGCAGCGGUCACUCUAAACCCCUCAGUCAAAGGGCAAUUGAGAGGACAAGGCUUGCAAAUGUCCUGGGGACCAAAGACUCAGACACAGAGAGGAGUGGCUGCAAAAAGACAGUCACAAUGGCACCUGUUUCCAGGUAUAUGACAGACAGAAGCCUCUAUACCAUGAGAAAACCACUGAUCUCCACACAAUGCCAGAUUCCCAUCCUGAAGAACUCAUCCACACAUGAAGACUCAGAGAUGAUCAGUUACAAAGCAGAUUCCUCUAAAGAAAAGGACCAAAGUCUGGCCAAAGAGUCAUUCAGAAGGAUCACACAAGCUUCUCCAUAUUAUAAAUCCUCCCCCACAUUAUCCAGAGAAGACCUGGAUACUUCCAUGAAUGUAUCGGACCUCAGACUAGGGUCAUGUGAUGGGGAUCCUAUUUUUACCACUUCAGCUGCCAAACGCAGUCUGUCCAGUCCCCCUUCAGCUUCCUUGAGCCUUACAGAACCCCCAGUGCCUAAGUGGAUGUCCACUCCUAGAAGCACCUCUCACUUGUCCAAUCAUACGUCUCGUUUCACGAGAAAGGUAAAAACAAGAACAGGUGAGAUGACGGACACAGGAAGAGAUUCUCUUCUUAACACAGGAUCUUCUGAGUUUUAUAGUAAGAACCAUCAACGUGGGUUCAAACACAUGUCGCCUCAUCAGGCCAACUAUUGGGCCUGUGCCAUCCCCAACUCCAUGCCACCCUCCCCAAACCGCAAUUCCCCCAGCUGGGAUCCUGAAAAGGAAUACCAGGCACUCCUGGACUACACAUACCCUCUGAGACCCAACAUCACAGGCACAUGGGGUUCAGCAGAUGGAGAUCUUCUCUCACAAAAUGAUCCGUUGUUGCAAGACUCAGGCAUUGAGUUGGACCGCUUUUGCAGCUCUUCCACCUUGUCCUGUUUGGACCUAUCCCAUACAGGGACUCGGCAGAGAUGCUUUAGUCCAGGAACAGGUCGAAAGUCAACUGAGUUUCCUGCUCUAAACAAAUCACACUCAAAGUCCUCAGAUGGUAUCAUGUCCAGUAGCCUGUACUCCUCACUAGACCAAACUGGCUUGUCAAUUGAGAGUCUUGACUGCGACAGGAAGCCAGUGGGUCAUUACCGUAAAUUUGGCAUCUUCUCAACCUUCAGAUCUGUCCCCACUUUCAUUAGUUCAACACACGUCCUUACUCGUCCUAAUUCGCAAGACGAGUUAGACGAAGAGUUCCUUCGCCUACCAGAACAUCUACAGGAACUUCAGGUGCUUUCACAGCAACUGAGGGACAUUAGUGACCAGAUAAGCCAACCGGUCAUCACCAGCUGGGAAUCCCUGGAGAGCGAGAUUACCUCCGUCAGAUCACCAACGGUUCAAGUGGGAAAGCAUGAACCAUUGAUGGAAGAAAGGGGCGAUGAAGACAUUGAAGCGAGGAGGGGAUCUGUUUCUGAAGUUCCUCUUACACCUGAGGAUCAUUUAGAGAAAGCAAAGGAGACUGCUGUCAGAAUCCAGAUGAUAAGUCGAGACGUGAAUAGAAGGAACCUGAGGGAGGUGGAAGCUAUUAUGGAUCAGCUGAGCGGAUUGUCAAUGUCAGAGCUUCAGAGGACAAUACAAACAGACCAGGAUAAAUAUGAGACCCAGGAGUCACUAAUGCAGCACAUACAGGUAUUUUGCUCAAACCUAGAAAAGCUGAUUCAGUGGCUGCACAAGGUGGUAGAGAAGGUAGAUUUUCUAUCUCCUCCCAUGGUUGAAUUGGAGAGCGUCAAAGCCUCCUUGGCUGACUACAAGAGUUUUCAGGAAGAAGUUCAGGCUCAUAAGCCCCUCACAGCAGAUGUUCUUCAGACUGGAGAGAUGCUUUUGCAUUGCAUGAAUUCAGCCUCUCCGUUUCUGAAAGACACACUGGUGCUAAUAGAGAGGCAGUCUCACACACUGGAAACUCAUUCAGAGUAUCUUUUCUCCUCUAUUCUGUCAGCCAUGGACUGCCUCACUGACCCCAGAUCUGAGGAAGCAUCAGAAGCAAUUUCCUGAGAACUAUUAGGAAUCUGGGAAGGCAAAUAUCUGGUCCGCACACUGUCUUCACUGAGACGUCUUUUUUUGGGUGUUUUCA